AGGACGAUGGGGUGUGCAAAAUCAAAGGAGGAGCAUCUGCCUGGCAAUGACAAGGUCAUGAAAACAGAUUCAGUACGUAAAUCCCAACAAGCUCAUUAUGUGAAAGAUCCCACGUCUGGUAUUAAGACUGUGGGUCCACGAGACUCAGGUUUUAAGAUAAGUGUUAACAUUUAUGGAUGAGCUAAACCUGUACUUCUUUUACAGAAGCAUUAUGAGACAGCGUUUGGUAUCUUUGUUUGGACGUAUUCCGAAAAUCUGACAUUUAGUUUUAAGGCCUUCCAUAUGUUAUAAGAAACGGAAUUUACGUGUUCUUAAAUGAUCUGCUGUUCUAUAAAUAGAAGCACGUUGCAAUUGCAGUUGACUGGAAAAUGAACUUGACUUUUGAGAAAGAACCAUGUGAAUAACAGCAACAAGGAAGUGAAUAGCUUUUUCUUUACGCAAAGCAGGUUUUGGCGAGGCCAGACGGAAUUUCGUUAAUGCCACAGGGUUUGGGAUUUUGGUAGCUUGAAAACUACCUUUGAGAACUUCAUGCAAUGAACAAAGCUAAUAUGGAGACAUGUCAUCCAUAAAUUUAAACAUUCAUCCCAUUAAACUGAAAUAAGGCACUGCCUAAAUAAUAAGCGCGAUCACCAUUCAUUCUUCAUUAAGACAUCACUGAAUAAGUUAGUUCACUCUAAAUAAGUGUUACUCUGUGAACAGUUAAUACAUUGAUUGAAUUGGACAUUACAAUUUGAGAUUUGAGAUUUUAACAGUGUACAACUGAAUAUGUAAUAUAAUUGCCACAUUCAUAAAAUUAUCUUUUUUACUAACACCUGAUGAACGAUCACAGUGACUUAACACGACAGGACUGCACUGACAUUACAAUUCAGCUUGGCUACAUGCACAGACAAUAGAUUCAUAACACACAAAUGAAAUAAGAAAGGUUUGCUAGUAAAACAAGUCCAAUUGUAAUGGUUCUUUUCUCUUUUUUUAAUAGAACAGAAACAGCUCAUCAAAUCUGCCAUGUACAACAGAUGGUCCUGAAGAGGUGGUCAUCACGCUGUACGACUAUGAAGGCAUACAUGAUGGGGACCUGAGUUUUAAGAAGGGAGAGAAAUUAAAAGUCUUACAAAAGUCGGGGGAAUGGUGGAGUGCCAAGUCUAUGAUCACCGGGCAGGAGGGCUACAUUCCCAGUAACUAUUGUGCCAAAGUCAACUCACUGGAGAGCGAGGAAUGGUUCUUUAAAGGUGUUAGCCGUAAAGACGCUGAAAGACAGCUUCUUGCACCUGGAAAUAAAACCGGUUCCUUCAUGAUCCGAGACAGCGAGACAACCAAAGGAAGCUAUUCUCUGUCAGUCAGAGACAGUGACACCCAGUCUGGGGACACUGUGAAGCAUUACAAGAUCCGAACGCUGGAUAAUGGAGGCUUUUACAUCUCUCCGAGAAUCACAUUCCUCACCUUACAGGAUCUCAUCAACCACUACAAGAGACAGGGGGAUGGUCUGUGUCAGGCCCUGACGGUGGCGUGUAUCAACCUGAAACCUCAGAAGCCAUGGGAGAAGGAUGCCUGGGAGAUCCCGAGGGAGUCUCUGAAGCUGGAAAAGAGGCUGGGGGCAGGCCAGUUUGGGGAGGUGUGGAUGGCCACGUACAACAAGCACACAAAGGUAGCGGUGAAGACGAUGAAGCCGGGGACCAUGUCAGUGGAAGCGUUCCUAGACGAGGCCAACCUGAUGAAGAUGCUGCAGCACGACAAGCUGGUGAAACUCAACGCGGUAGUCACUAAGGAGGAGCCUAUCUACAUCAUCACUGAGUUCAUGGAGAAAGGCAGUUUGCUAGAUUUCCUGAAAAGCGAUGAGGGAAACCGGGUGCAGCUCCCUAAACUGAUUGAUUUCUCUGCCCAGAUUGCAGAGGGGAUGGCUUAUAUUGAGCAGAAGAACUACAUCCAUCGGGAUCUGAGAGCUGCCAAUAUUCUGGUGUCCAAGUCGCUGGUGUGCAAGAUCGCUGACUUCGGACUGGCCCGAAUCAUCGAAGACAACGAGUACACAGCCAGAGAAGGUGCCAAGUUUCCUAUCAAAUGGACAGCUCCUGAAGCCAUUAACUACGGCUCUUUCACGAUCAAAUCUGAUGUCUGGUCCUUUGGCAUCCUACUAACAGAAAUCAUCACGUACGGACGCACUCCUUAUCCAGGGAUGUCGAACCCUGAGGUGAUCCGGUCCCUGGAGCGCGGGUACCGCAUGCCACGGCCAGAAGCCUGCCCCGAGGAGCUCUACGAGAUCAUGCUCAAGUGCUGGAAGAACAGACCUGAAGACCGGCCCACCUUCGAGUACCAGCAGAGUGUGCUGGAGGACUUCUACACUGCCACUGAGAGCCAGUACCAGCAGCAGCCUUGAGGGGGAGAGCAGGACACCGAACGGAAAGGAAUACUUACUGGUGGGAGGGGAGGGCCACAGUAACUAACUGAUAACUCCAGCACACAGUGUGCACCACGUUCUAAUAAGAGAGAUUCAAUACAAAUAAGAGAAAAUGUGCAAGUCUAACGUUCCUAGCUUCAGGAAGUUUUUUUUUUUUUCUUUUUAACAAAUAUUUAUUCUUUGUUAGUUUUAUUGAAAAUCAUUUGUUGUAGACUAUUGCUAAAAAUGACUAACAAAUUAUAUUUUAUCCCUGAAAAUAUUAGCCUAACUGGAAAAACAAGUUAACUGAAGGGAUAUUUUGUGUAGUUUUUUUUUGUUUUCCGCUUAGAAAAAGACAGUGGCACAAACUUUGCACUGGAGAAAGGUUAAUCAGGACCUUCUGUUUCAUGUUUCUUGUCUGAGAUAAAAAAAAAAAAAAAAAAUAACAAAAAUUUUAAAUCAAUCAAACAUAAACACCGGCAAGCAACCCAUUAAAUGAUACAGGGUUAGAUCCCCAAAGCCAUUUUCUCCAAAUCAUCAUAAGCACAAUUUCAGAAAGAAAAAAUGCACCCAAUAAAGUUAACAAUCCAUUUGCUAUGGUGCUGUAAUUGCUGUUUUUGCCUUGCAGACCAGAUGUGUGCUAAUGGCAAUUUGCAGUAUAUAACUUUGAGAAGCUAGACCAUCGUUGUUUAAUAUAUAUAUAUAUAUAUAUAUAUAUAUAUAUAUAUAUAUAUAUAUAUAUAUAUUCUUUUACUUAAGAGGUGCACAGUUAAACCUGUUUACAAACCCGCACUAAUGUGUGUGUGUGUGCGUGAGAGAGACAGGUGUGUCGGAUCAUAGUGCCGGCAGAUAGUUUUUACUAUGAGAUUAGGGGAAUUAUUGGAAAAGAUUUAGUAAGUCGCUUCUGAAAAGUGAAAACAUGAACCCUGAAUCUUGGAGCAAACAUUUAGUAAAGCUGUUCCAUUUGUUCUUCGCUUAAAGACAGCUCUGUAAAUAUCUAUCUCAGUUCAAAUGUAUGUAUUUAUUCAUUUCAAGUAAUUUUACCAGGACAGCCCCUCUGCAGAUUCAAUUCGGUACAGUGAUAUCAGAAUUGUCCAGCCCCCAAUGGACUGGGGCUACACCAAGCUUUGUUUUCAUUUUACUGUACAUUGUGCUGAGUCAAGCAGUAACUCGAGGAAGAAACGUAAUGUCAAGGGAAUCAAUUCAAUACACAUGGUGGCCAAAUUGUGGUUCACCUGGAUAUAGAAAAUACAGCAUUCUGGACACCAGGGCUUACCAUAUGCUUAAUUUUAAUGGCGUUUAUUUUUUAGUUUCCAUUUUGAAUGUUAUUGUAGCUCAAGUAUUCAGCAUUCUUAAAUAGCAGCUGGUUACUGAACUAUUCACCGGUAUGUGUAUCAAGGGCUAGGUUGUAGGAAUGUGACUAGAUCUUUGUAACCUCUUGUUCCUAAGUAUGGCCUAUAUUAGGCCAAGGUGCAUCUUAAGUUGUGGAUUAAGAGAACUGAGCCAAGCUUGGGUACCUGAGUUAAAACCUCUCUUUUACAUGACGUCAGUGAUGAUGUCACAUCUCGUUGCUGGUCUCUUGGUGUAAGCCAGAGCCCUCAUGGUUGAAGGCCAUGGGGAUGGCCUUCUUCAUCUGUCAUAACAUCCAUCAGCCACCAGGGGGAGUGUCUUGGUAACAGGAAAAUUAUGAUUGCCAAUCCACAUAUGAAUGUGAAGUUUGUAUGUUUUUUUUUAUGAUUUAAAAGCUGUCAGUUUGUAUUAUAAUAUAACUUAACAAAUCAACAAAGUAAAUAAGAUUAUAAAAUACUGUAUAGUGUGUGGCCCUUAUACAUAAAUAAUGCCAAAUGAAGAUUUUUACAUUUUACGCAAAUUCCCUCUGAACGAAGCUUACUGUGCAUCUCUAUCGUUGUAUUAUUGUUAUAGUUAUUAUUAUAGUUAUUGUUGUUAGAAUUGUUAUACAUACAUUAAUUGAAAAUACCUUGCACCCUGUUGCUCUUGACUUCUACAAUGCUGUUACCCAUCAGCUCUAGAGGUUCUUUUAGCAGACUAAUACUAUUCUGUGCAUGUGUUCUGCAAGCAGCACCAGCUUGUUCUUUACUGCAGUUAUAAUUAGGCUAUGGGACACAGAGCUGCAAUAUUUUGCUGCAAACCGGGCAGUGGUUAACAUUUAUUGUGCCUUAUUUUUUUAUUUUGUCAUUAUUUAUUUAUUUUAUUUGACAGAUCAUACUACAGUACUAGGUUUGGUGAAAUUUUAAACCCUUCCCAUAGUCAAGAGGAGGUACCAUGGACAGCCAGGACAAACACUUGUAAUGGAAUACCAUCACAUAUAGCAACACAUGCCUUUGAGAUUGUCAGCCUUACCCCCACUCUUCCCUUUUAUGAUGUCUUCAAUAGCUGUGUUUUGAUGCUCAGAUACCUGGAUUUGUGUCAUUUUUCUAUUGCUCAAUCCAGCUGGCUGCUGUCUUGCUUGCGUUCUUUGGUUCACGUUUUCUUGAGGAAUCACGUGAUAGUCAUAUCAAAUCAUAUCAGGAAUGCUGGCAGCUCAAAUCAAAUUUAAAAGCAUACUGAGAUAGCUUAUUUUUGAGCUGCAUUGAUUGGCCAUAUAAAAUCUGGGACAGAGCCAAUGUCAUUACAAUCUACUGCCCUGUGCUCUUCGUGUCUGCUUCUGUGCCAUUUGAUAAAUCUGUAUUUUAGUUUCCUUUUUAUUUCAUAUUUUGGAAUAAGCCAUCAGUUAAAUAUCGACAGAGAAAAAUUAGCAUGCCCUCCACCUUAUGAGAAAACCACAAAUGUGCCCAUGGCCAAAAAAACGCUGAGGACCACUGGCAUAAAGUCAUCACUCAGGAGACUUCGGGAAUCGGAAAUUGUGCAGCACGGGAUGUGGAAAUACAGGAAAAUGUAUCUUUAAAAUAUUACAGAAUUUAUAUCAGGGAUGCAUAUUCAAUAGCAAACUAAUAUGUCAAGUGAAAGAUAAACAGUGAUGUAGUGUUUGCUACAUGCACACACACACACACACUAUAUACAUAUAUAUAUAUAUAUGUCCAACACCUGUACAUUCAUUGAACCCCCCAAAAAAAUGGUGUAUAGAUUGUGUGUGUUAUGAUCCUUUUUAAAUUUUGAAUUUUUGUGGUACUUUUUUAAACAUAAUGUAAUGUUUUGAUUAUUUUGUAAAUGUUGUAUUUAACAGUUUCAGCCAUAGACGAUUUGUACUUUUCUGUGUAACAAUGCUUAAUUGAUUUUGCAGAUUUGCUUAUUAAAAAAAUGAAAAACAUGA